AAUUAUAACUUGGAGAUGUUUGAAUGUUGUGGGUGUAUAGGGCAAGUGACAGCAUCACCCUCGUUCUUGAAGAGAUUCUUUCCAUUAACAUACGACAAGAUACAAAGACAAGAAACAGACCACAACAAUUACUGCAAUUUCGAAAACGAAGGCUUACAAAUUUUCACCUCUACUUUAUACUUAACCACUUUAUCUUCCACUUUCUUAGCCUCCCACACCACCCGUCUCAUGGGUCGCAAAAAAACCAUGCUUUUCGGCGGACUUUUCUUCAUCCUCGGUAUCAUUCUCUGCUCCACUGCCCUUUCCUUCCCCAUGCUCAUCCUCGGCCGUAUCGCUCUCGGCUCCGGCAUGGGCUUCAGCAACCUAUCUACUCCUCUCUAUCUCUCCGAAAUCUCCCCCACCCCAACCCGUGGAGCUCUCACUCUUCUCUUCCAAUUCGACGUCACUCUCGGCAUUCUCUUUGGCAAUUUCACAGCUUAUGCUUCAUCCAGUGUUGAAAGUGAUUGGGGAUGGAGGACUACUCUGGCUUUAGCAGGGGUUCCUGCUCUGUUUUUCACACUUGGAGCAAUCCUGAUUGAGGACACUCCCAACAGUUUAAUCGAACGUGGGCAAUUAGAAAAAGGAAAAUUAGUGUUGAGAAAAAUCAGAGGUACUGAUAAUGUUGAAUCUGAGUAUUCAGAGAUCCUUAGAGCAAGUCGUGUUGCUCAAGCAGUAGAAAACCCUUUUGCUGAUCUUCUCAUGGGUCAAAAUGGUCCACCUUUAGUCAUUGCUAUUAUGGUGCAAGUCUUUCAACAAUUCACUGGCAUUAAUGCAAUCAUGUUAUACACUCCACUUCUUUUCAAAACGUUAGGUUUCGGCGACAAAUCGUCUUUGUAUUCUUCCGUCAUAACUGGCGGUGUUAAUGUCCUUUCUACAUGUAUCGCCAUUUACUCUGUCGACAGGAUCGGGCGACGAAUGCUUUUGUUAGAAGCCGGAGUUCAAAUGUUCCUCUCCCAACUUAUGAUCGCCAUUAUACUUGCGCUUAAAGUUGAUGAUGAUUCUAAUACUUUGUCGCAUGGGAUGGCAAUUGCGAUUGUGUUAAUGUUAUGCACUUUUGUUUCUUCUUACGCUUGGUCUUGGGGCCCCCUUGCAUGGUUAGUUCCUAGUGAAACAUUUCCAUUGGAGACACGAUCUGCUGGGUUGAGCGUGACGGUUUGUGUUAACAUGAUGUUCACUUUCUUGAUAGCGCAGUCUUUUCCGUCUAUGCUCUGCCAAAUGAAAUAUGGUAUCUUUUUGUUCUUCUCUGGUUGGGUGUUGGCAAUGUCUUUAUUUGCCUUUUAUUUGCUGCCGGAGACGACGGGUAUUCCUAUUGAAGAGAUGACGGUGAGAUUGUGGAAACAACAUUGGUUUUGGAGCAAAUUCAUGGAAAAUGAAACUAAGGAGAAUGCGGGUUCAGAUUAAAGUGUUGUACUGAUGGUGUACAUAACGCCAAGAACCCUUCCAUUAGCUUUUUCAUUUCGUUAGUUAGCUUUCAAUUUUGAGAUAGAUUAUUCUACUAUAUUCAUGUACAAAUAAUUAUGGAGAGUAAUCUUAACUAUGUAUAUACGGUCCUUGUUCCAUGGUGUUUGUGUACAGUAUGGAUUGUAAUAAGGGCCAGAAGAUUUGCAACAAUAGCAAAGCACAUUUACACA